GCACAGUGCUAUCACUGUGGAAAAAUUCGUUCCGUUAUGGACUGCCAGUAUACUGCCGCAGUACCCUAGGGAAAUAUAUGACGUCAUAAAUCGUCGCCAUAUUCUACUGUGAGCACUGGCGUUUUCGAGUUUAAUCCCAAAGUUAUAAAGUUCUGUAAUUAAUUUGGAUUUAAUAAAACAAUGGAAGAAUUGCAAAAAUUAACCUUAUUAGACUGUGUUGAAAAUGUUCAAUACGAGCUGAAAGUUACGCAGGAAAUUUUUAAUCGUGCAAAGACCGAUACGAUGUUUGCUACUCAACUUUUGGAGUAUUGUAUAAAUAAAGAAUGUUUUGUAUUUGAUCGUCCUAUGCCGACAUAUGCCCAAAGGUAUGAUUCGAAAGAAUUCGAAAAAGAAAAUGAAUUUCCGUCCGAAGCCGGCUCGUCAGGAGCUGCAACAUUUUCCGAUACAUCUUCGACAUCUUUUGAUACUUCUCAGACGAAGUCAACGGCUGGAAAAAUCUUUUAACAAACCGAAGGCUACAAAGUUAUCGGGUAAAGAAAGAAAUAACAAAGAUGACAAUAAUAAAGGUGCAGAUGUCAAGAAUUGGAGCAAAAAUGAAGUUUUACUUCUUAUUGAGAUUUAUAAAGAAUACCAGCUUGAAUUUCUGGAUGCAAAUAUCACCAAUGGCGAUGUUUGGGUCAAAAUUGCGACGAAAAUCAACGAAACCCUUAAUCAGCAGGGUUUGCCGCCUAUUCCUGCGGAAAAAUGUAAAACUAAAUGGGAGACGCUUAAACGUCGUUAUAAAAGUUUAAAAGAUAGCCAGAAAACAUCUGGGAAUGCACCGAUGACAUGGCCUUUCUACGAUGAAAUGGAAGAAGUAUUUGGCGAGCAGCCGUGGGUAAAACCUCUGUCUACUGCUGGAUCAAAUACUACCAACAAAAUGGAUCCUGACGUUAUCAGCCCACCACGAAAGCGUCAAAAAACUUUAACUAACUACUGUGAAGAAUUACUUGCAGCUAAAAAGUAAAAUAUAUU